GGCGGGAGCGUCGUCGCGUCCGGUGACGUCUCCCGCGGGCGUCGGCAGGGUUGGCGGCGUCGGCAGCCGUGUCGGCGGCGGCGGGUGGGAAAUGGCGGAGUACCUGGCCUCCAUCUUCGGCACCGAGAAAGACAAAGUCAACUGCUCAUUUUAUUUCAAAAUUGGAGCAUGUCGUCAUGGAGACAGAUGCUCUCGGUUGCACAAUAAACCGACCUUUAGCCAGACCAUCUUGAUUCAAAACAUCUAUCGUAAUCCCCAAAACAGUGCACAGACGGCUGACGGCUCACACUGUGCCGUGAGCGAUGUGGAGAUGCAGGAGCAUUAUGAUGAAUUCUUUGAGGAGGUUUUUACAGAGAUGGAGGAGAAGUACGGGGAAGUCGAGGAAAUGAACGUCUGUGACAACCUAGGAGAUCACCUAGUGGGGAACGUUUAUGUCAAGUUUCGCCGUGAGGAAGAUGCAGAAAAGGCUGUGAUUGACCUGAAUAACCGCUGGUUUAACGGACAGCCAAUCCAUGCUGAGCUGUCUCCUGUGACCGACUUCAGGGAAGCCUGCUGUCGCCAGUAUGAGAUGGGAGAGUGCACACGAGGAGGCUUCUGCAACUUCAUGCAUCUCAAGCCCAUUUCCAGAGAGCUGCGGCGGGAGCUGUAUGGGCGCCGUCGCAAGAAGCACAGGUCCAGGUCCCGAUCCAGGGAGCGGCGCUCUCGGUCCAGAGACCGUGGUCGUGGUGGUGGAGGCGGYGGAGGAGGUGGGGGCCGCGAGCGUGACAGGAGGCGAUCGAGAGAUCGUGAAAGAUCUGGGCGAUUCUGAGCCAUGCCAUUUUUACCGUAUGUCUGCUAGAAAGUGUUGUAGUUGAUUGAUCAAACCAGUUCAUAAUGGGAAUUUUUUUUAAAAAACAACAAAAAAAAAACACAAAGAUGGGUUUCUGAAUAAAAUUUGUAGUGAUACAGUA